GCACAGUGACAGAGUGAGAGUGCACGAGCAGCAAGACCAAGAAAAUGAGGCAAAACUUAUCUAAAUUACAUGGCCAUCCCAACGGGCCAGCUCUGCAGCAAGAUGCUUCAACCAACUCGUCUCAGGCUCGAAAGAGGAGUGUGGUUAUAUCAACAGGAAGUCGCACUCAAUUAAAGAUUGGAUCCAGUAACUACAGGAGCUCUCGUACAAGCCUCGCAACGGCGGGCAGUAAGAAGAACUUGCUAGCAGCAACUAAACCCAUUGUUCAGGUGUUUGACGAAGAUGGAAAAGAUGUUACACCACUGCCGAUGUUGCAACUCGAGAGCGGACAGGCAGUCGGGAAAACUCAGAGCAAGAUAUUUGGUGGCAGCGAUAGCCGCAGUGGAACGCCGACUGACUACAUGUCACAAGCUUCCGUCUAUCAAACGACUACUAGCGUUAUGGGAGGACCCUUCUCAAAAUCUGUGUUCAAUCAAAGUGGUACCGCUAGAACAUCAUUCAUGAGUUCAGUGUUUCAAGAUGACUAUGCAGAAGGUGCUUCAAUGGGUGCUAUGUGUGGGCCAGACACACAAAACAUCAUCCAUCACAGAGAUGAUGAGCAAGAGGUUCUAACAGAAGCAGACCUGAGCAAGCCCGUGUCCAUCAAUCUGAGUGAGACUGCUACGAUGUGGUUGCUGGAGAUCGAAGGCACAACAGUCUCUAUUGAGGAGUCUGCAUCUGUCAGGGAAGAGAACAGGUUAUACGAACAGGACCUCCUCGCCGUCUCCUACGGAGAGUUUGACUACUGCGCGCAGAGGAAGGGCGUCAUCUGCUGCUGGUCCGUCAAGAACCCGUCGCAUCCUGAGCGCGUCUACACGUCCCCGUCUGGCGUGACUGCCGCCGGCUUCGCGAGUUUCAACCCUAACCUGCUUGCCGUGGGCAGGCACGACGGAACGGUGGCAGUCUACAACGUGCGCAGUGGCCGCGAUGAGCCGUUCCUAGACAGUCGCUGCAUAUCCAGUGAGUAUGGCGGUAAGCACACGGCACCUGUCUGGCAGCUGAGGUGGGUAGAGAAGGAGCGUGCAUCAGGAGAGAAUGAGGAGAUCCUGCUCUCUGUCUCCACCGACGGUCUCGUGCUCGCCUGGUCCAUGCGCAAGGGCUUCGAAUCGUCAGUUAUCAUGAGACUUCAGCGCGUGGCAACCAAGCAGCCGGGUAAGAAGGAGAAGAAGGGAGAGGCGUUCAUAUCGCGCAUGGCUGGUGGCUACUGCUUCAGCUUUAACCCCAGUGACCCAAACAUCUAUCUAGUCGGAACCGAGGAGGGUUUAAUCCACAAGUGCUCAUGCUCUUACAGUGAACAGUACUUGGACACGUAUGUUGGACACACUGGAGCAGUCUAUAGUGUCUGCUGGUCGCCAUUCCUUAGCAACAUAUUUCUGAGCUGCAGUGCAGACUGGAGUCUGAGGUUAUGGACGCAGAACCAUCACCAGCCGAUGCUUACCCUACAUUCGUCUUCGAAAGCGGUGCACGCUGUCUGCUGGUCCCCGUACUGCUCCACUGUGUUCGCCUGUGUCAACGAAGGCGCCCUGGAGAUCUGGGACCUCGCACAGAGCACACUUGAUCCAGUGAUUGUCAACACGCCAGUGAUGAAUGUCAAGCUUACAAGCGUGGUGUUUUCACAGAACUCUGAGUGCAUCCUGGUUGGUGACAAUGUGACGUUAUAUUUCAUCUUGGUUGGUGACACUAGGCUCCGAGAUUACCAAGAUCACGGAGAUCACGGACUGAGGCGGUUACGGGGUCACGGCGAGGGUUAUGGAGGUUACAACGAAGGUUACGCAUGCGGUUAUGCAGGCUCCGACGUCGGCCACGAAGCUUUGAACGGCGACUACGGCGGUUGCGGCGACGACUCUAGCUACGCCGGACACGACGGUGGAUUCGUCGGCAACUUUGGUGACCUCGGCGUCGGCAAAGCUUACGACAUCGGCGACCUACGGCUCGCAGACGAAGUCGAAACCGGCCGUCGUCGGCAGCCGAUACCGAUCCGAAUCCGCGAGCCAGUACUAGAGCAUCGCGGCCGAGAGAAGCUGAUCGGGAUCUGGAUCGUGAGAGGCCUGAGUCGCUAUCAGCGGUGCCAGUCCGGCGAAGCAUGA